UCGCGUCACGUGACUGGAGCUGUGCAGCCGAGAGCGGAUUACUGUCAUUGUUUACAUUCUCUUUACCGUCGCAUUUCUCAUUGUACUCCGGUUUUACCGCAAGACUGCACAUCUCUUGCGACUAACGCAAAGCCCAGGUUGUUCAGUGUGGUUACGAUCCAAGACUGAGGCCUGCUACCCUCUGAACUGUGAACCUCUCUGCCCAGCUCUCCUUGGGCCAUGGUUGAAGAGGGGCAGCAGAGAUCGGAGGCCAAUGGGAGCACAGUUCUUGAAGACCAACACUUACAGGUCCCGUUCCCAGUGCUGCAUGGAGAGUGUGUGGAACAUGUCGGGAGGGGAGAGGGGUCUGUUAUUGCCUUAACCAGCUACCGCCUUCACAUCAAACUACAAGACAAUGUCAUCAGUGUUCCUCUGAAGCUUAUAGAAAGUGUGGUGUGUCGUGAUCUGACACAACUGCACCUGACUUGCAAAGACUGCAAAAUUAUAAGGUGUCACUUCCUGUCACCAGAGCAGUGUCAGGAUUGGUUGAGAAGGAUCACUGCUGUCAUGCGUCCGCCGGCAAGACUAGAGGAGCUCUUCGCAUUUACCUUUCUCUCGUGCAGUACAAGUGUGUCUGAUGAGGAGAGAGAACUGCAUGAUGGGAUCUGCCGUGCAGGAGGACAUCAGUGGAGGUUUAAGAGUGAGAUGGAGCGGAUGAGCUUUGACACACACAGUGCCUGGAGAAUCUCCAACAUCAACAGCAACUACAGGUUGUGUGCCAGUUACCCCAAGCAGAUUGUUGUGCCUGCUGCAAUCACAGACCAAGAACUGGAAAACAUAGCGGCAUUCCGAUCUGGGAAGAGAAUCCCAUCUGUUGUUUACAGACACCAGAGUUCGGGCGCUGUGAUUGGUCGAUGUGGGCAACCUGAAGUCAGCUGGUGGGGGUGGCGUAACGCUGACGAUGAGCGUAUGAUUCAGGUCAUUGCGAAAGCUUGCGCCACAGAUCCGCACAUGAAUGGCUCGUGCGUUCAACAUCAUGUGAACGGUACCAUCAGCGACUCUGACACUCACGUGGCCAAUGGGAACAUGGCGACAGAGCUCAGUGCCACAUCCCCUCAGAAGCUGUUAAUAAUGGACGCCAGGUCGUACGCUGCGGCAGUAGCCAAUCGAGCGAAAGGGGGCGGCUGUGAAUGCCCAGAGUACUACCCUAACUGUGAGGUGAUGUUUAUGGGUAUGGCCAACAUCCACUCCAUCCGCAAGAGCUUCCAGUGUUUGCGUACUCUCUGUGCUCAAGACCCUGAUCCGGUCAAUUGGCUGUCUGCUGUGGAGGGCACUAAAUGGCUCCAGCACUUGUCUCUGCUGUUGAAGGCGUCUCUUCUGGUGGUGAAUGCAGUGGAUCGGGACCACAGGCCCGUCCUGGUGCACUGCUCUGAUGGCUGGGACAGAACGCCGCAGAUUGUGGCUCUAUCCAAACUGCUUCUGGAUCCAUUCUACAGGACCAUUGAGGGUUUUCAGGUGCUGGUAGAGAUGGAGUGGUUGGAUUAUGGUCAUAAGUUUGCCGAUCGCUGCGGUCACGGGGAGAACGAGGAUCCGAACGAGCGUUGUCCAGUGUUCCUGCAGUGGCUGGACUGUGUACAUCAGCUUCAGAGACAGUUCCCAUGCUCCUUUCAGUUCAACGAGGCCUUCCUGGUGAAGUUAGUUCAGCACACAUACUCGUGUCUGUUUGGGACGUUCCUGUGUAACAGUGUGAAGGAGCGCGAGGAGCGGUGUGUUCAGAAAAAGACGUGUUCUGUGUGGACUCUCCUGAGACCUACAAACCCAGCCUUCCACAACAUCCUUUAUUCACCACGAUCUGAGGCGGUUUUGCACCCCGUGUGUCACGUGCAGAAUCUGAUGCUAUGGAGUGCCAUCUACUUGCCUAACUCUGCCCCCUCCACACCCUCUGAUGAGUCAUGUGUGCCAUACUUCGCCCCCUUAGCCACACCUGCAAGCAGAUUACCAAAGACUCGGUCAUACAACGACUUGCCCGCAUCUUGUGAGAGUUUAACCUCUGCGAUUCCAAACCGCCGCAGCAGUGACCCCAACCUGACUGAAAAGUGGCAAGACCACACGCUCACCCGGGAGAUCACCAUGACAACAAAACCCGACAUGACCAGCACUCAGACGUCAGAAAGUAGCGCAGAUGACAGUCUCAAUAAUUCAAUGACAGCACUGGAUUAUCGACUCAACUGGACAGUAUGUGAAAUCAACGAUAGUAAUUCUGAAAUGUUAAACUGUGACCUACGAGGUAACAUGGGGAUUUCUGUGGAGAAUGGAGUGACUGACAGCCAAAUUAAGAAUAUCUUACAGGAAGCAAAGGAAGAGGACAACAGGAAGUUGGACCUUCUAAUCAACACACCUUCCUGCGAUAUUCCAGACGACUCUGCUGUAAAUGUCAUGAUUGGCGCUACACACUCAGACGCAAGUGAGACGAACAGUGAGGACCGAGUGUGUGGGGCAUCUGAGGAGCUUGAAGAUCAAGCUGUGGAAAUUGCCAUCGAUAAAUCCCUGACACCCAAUGUUUGCUCGCCCUCGUCCCAUUCUGCCCUUUACACAAACGGAAACAGUGAGUCAGAAAUGGACGGGUUACACCUUGACAAUGAAAUGCCCUGUGCCAACGUGUCAACCCAUGAUCCCUUACAAUCUAGCAGCAAAUCUUCAAUGGAGAAUCACACCCCAUACACACAUCCACCAUCACACACUUCGUCUGAGCCGCCAAAAUCACCCAAAACUCUUAACGGCAUCCGCUCACCUCCCCAAUGUCCCGUUCAUCCUCUCUCUCCACCGUCGAGCAAUCAGGACAGCCCUCUGUCUUACCAUGGCAGCUGUGCCGAGACCUCAGCAGCAGGUGACGGUUUUCUAUUGACGUCCCACAAUCAUUCGGCUGGUGUUUUGGUGCACGGGCCUGCAGUAGCUCAGCAGUUAACGCCAUUAGAUCACCAGGAUAAGGACGGGUUGAGUUUUCACAGUGACGCCGUACAGGUGCGUCUGAGGCAGAUGGAGGCAGGGCAUCAAUUGCAGGUGGAGAUGCUGAAGAAACAGGUGCAGGAGCUGUGGAGCCGUUUACACGUCAACGGGAAACUGACGUCUCUUCCGGACGGCGAGAAUAAUGUUGAUUCUGGCUGUUUGUCACGCUGCAGUACUGAACUCUUGUCACAAUCCAACUGGGAACAGAUCAAACAACAGGACACAGAGGUUACACACUGGUACUCAGAUCACCCAGCAUCCCGUUGCUAUGGUUGCGAGAGGACAUUUUGGCUGGCGACAAGAAAACAUCACUGCAGUGGCAGAGAGCCUGUUGAAGAAGCCUGGAACUGUGGGAAUGUGUUCUGCGCCAGCUGCUGCGAGAAGGUGACGGUCCCAAGUCAACAGCUCCGUGAGCCAAACCACAUGUGCCAGGCGUGUUACGGGCACCUCCGACCCUCGGGCGUGCCCCCUGCACUGCCCCCCGCUGACCUGGAGCUUGAGAAACCCAUUACUGCCAGCUCGAACUAGAACUACAUCUCAAAUAAAACAAUAUGAGAAGCCCAAAGCUGACUAAAUAUCACUGAGAAAGGGACAGUCCACACAACAGUUAAUAUUCUGUCAUCAUUUACUCACCCACAUGUUGUUCCAAACCUGCAUGACUUUCUUUAGUGGAAAACAAAACAAAAUGCUUAGCAGAAUGUUCAUGCUGCUCUUUGCUACUAGGGUAGGAUUGUACCAGCUGUAUGUAAAGACUCACUGAAGUUUGUUUAAGCUUAGUCACUCUUUCAAGUGAUUUUAUUAAGGAAAAUGUAGAAAAUUGUACCACACAAUUUGGGCAAAUUAGCUUCAGAAAAGGUGACUAGCUGAAAGGUGAGUAGUUUGCAUCCCUGCAUUUUAAUAUCCUAUAUAUUUACAUAUAUGUCAUGCUGAAGAGCAUCAAAGAAGUCUGUUUUUUUCAUUAUGUUCUCCCUUGUUAACGUAAACGAGUGUGAAUGUCAACAUCAUCAUAAAUGUCUAAACGAUUGAAGUCUGUUGUCCAAAACAUGACCUCAUUGAUGUCAUUUAAUCACAUAAAAGUUGUCUGUAUGACUGUUGCGUAAUAUUCCAAGUCUUUUGAGGUCAUACGAUAGCUUUUUGUAAGGAACAUACAGGAACGCAAGUUGUUUUUCCACUGAUGAUCUUCUCCUCCAGUGAAGCUCUUGAAUCACAUUCUCAAAAAUCUCAAAUUUGGUGCCGUUCCUCACACAAAGCUAUCAUAUGACUUCAGAAGACUUGGAAUAUAGCACACGAGUCGUACAGACUAUUCUGAUUAUACUUUUUUGGAGCAUGACAGUAAAAAAAAAAAAAAUCCACUUAUGUUGAAUGGAAACAGAAGCUCAGACAUUCUGCUUAACAUCUCCUUUUGUGUUCCACUGAAGAAAGUAAUACAGGUUUAAAACAACAAAUAUGUAAGUAAACUUGCAUCCUCUUCCUGUAACAUGCAUUCAAGACUUCUUACUCUUGUACUUUAAUCUUAAAUUAUCUAGAACUCUUGAACCUUUGAUAGAUUCAGUCUGACUCUAGAAUCUGGAGCCGGAUGAUUUUUGCACAUCUUUAUGAAAUGUAUAUGUAGCUAUAUUAGGUCACGUGUACAGUCAAUGAUGAGCAUUGUGUAAUGAAAUCUGAAUACAAGUGCUGGCGGACUAUAUGGAGUUUCAUGAACUUGAGCAAUACUUAACGGAUCUUCAAAACAUCGAGGAGUGUUCGGCUGUAUGAAAAAAUAUUCUGGCUGAUCCGUGUUUGGAUACAUAUCUGAAACAUGUCUGCUGGUUGAGGGGCUCCAUGUAUCUGACCUGAUGAAAUCUCCCUGAAUGCUGCUCUCUCUCUCUCUCUCUCUCAGAUUUACUCUAUCGCUGGACAGAUGAUGAUGUACGAGCUGUCUACUGCUGCUAAUGCUGUUGCUUAUAGUGUCUGUGGCACGCUGAGACAUUUGUGUGAAUUAAAUUAAAGCACAACACACUGCCAACCUGC